AUGCGCGAAAUAGACAAGAUUGAUACUCGCAUAAUACCAUAUUUGCAGAAGAUUGGAUAUCACAUUUGGUCUAGAUGCUAUGCUCCAACAAGAAGAUAUACAAUGAUGACAUCAAAUAUAGCAGAAUCAAUAAAUGUUGCGUUAAAAUCUGCAAGAACGCUGCCAAUCACUGCAAUGAUGGUGGGCCUUCGAAGUUUAGUUCAAAAGUGGGCAUGGAAAAAUAUAAACGAAGCAAAUGGAACAUUCACACAAGUAACAAUAGAUGCUAAAACUAUGCUCAGAGAAAAUUUUGUUUGGGCAAUUAAAUUUCAUGUCUUUCCAGUCAACACCAUACUGUACCAAGUUGUCGUAGAAGACAACAGAAAUUUUCAGGUCAACCAAAUUGAGAAAACAUGCGAGUGCAAAAGGUUCCAACAAAAUGAAAUACCGUGUGCACAUGCAAUAGCAGUAUUUGCAAAAACAUGA